AAAAGGCAGAGGAAGAGAGAGAUAUAAGAUCCAAGCAGAGUCAUUUCUUUUUGAAAUUCAACCGCUCCAAUUUUCCAAUUCCUCUUCACCAAAUUUCACAUGAACAGAAAACCCAUUUCUGAAAUCGUUUAAUCUUUAAUACCCAGAUCGCCUUUUCUCAUGUUUCAUUUGCAUCUGAUCAUCUCCCCAAGUUUUUUGGUUUCUGCAGCAACAAGAAAGCAUCAAUCUUUACCUGUGUUUGCUAAAGCGUUAUCCAUGGUGUUGUAACUCUCUCUCUCUCUUUUUCUCUCUCUUUGUUUUUAAAUUAGUAUAUUUUUUAUCCUGUCAUCAAUCUUUCCUGAUUUAAGUUCUUCCUUGUUCGUUUCAAAUUUUCAAUCCUUAUUAAUAGAUUUUGUUUGUUUUCCAUAAACUUCUCAUACUUAAUAGGAACUAUAAUAAAAUUUCUCCCCUGAAUUCUCUGUAAAUUUAAGGGGAUUUUCCGUUAUUCAAUUUGAAUUCAAUUCCCCUGUUCUCCUGGCCUAGUACCUUCAAAUUCCCAUUUUUAGUUCCUUGUUCGGUUCAAAUUUUCAAUCCAUAUCAGCAGAUUGUGUUUGUUACAAACUCCAUAAACUUCUCAUUCUUAAGAGGACAUACAAUUAUUUUUCUCCUCUCAAUUCUCUGUAAUUUUAAGGGGUUUCUCUGUUUUCAACUUGAAUUGAUUCCCCUGUUCUCCUUCAAAUUCCCAUCUCGGUGAACCCGGUUCCAAAAAAAUCUGAACAAUGGGAAUUCAGAAAGACACUGUGAGAUUCAAUGUUGGUGGCAAGAUCUUCCAAACAACAACCACAACCCUCGCCAAUGCCGGCCGCAAUUCGCUGUUGGGAGCAAUGUUCGACGACAACUGGAACCUACACUCCGAUAACUCCGACGAGUACGUCAUCGAUCGGAACCCGGACUGCUUCGCCGUCCUCCUUGACCUCCUCCGAACAGGGGAGCUCCACAUUCCCUCCCACAUACCCGAAAAACUCGUAUACAGAGAAGCCCUGUUCUAUGGCCUUCUCGACCACGUCCGGUCAUCCAAGUGGGGUCAAUUCGACGGCAACAGACUCCGGCAUUCACAGUCGAUAAUGGGUCGAUCACCUGGGGAUGGGACUGCCAUCCGAGCCGGCCCGGCCGGUGGGUGCUGUGUGGCACAUGGUAGUAUUGUACAUGUGUAUGAUUGGAUGCUAGAAGAACACCCUCCACUCAAUCUCGAUUACCAAAGAGUUAACGACAUCGGUUGGAUUGAUCCGGAGGGGGUGGUGGUCAGCACUUGUGAGCGGCUCAGUCGCGGCGGUGGCGGUGGAGGGAUGGCUCUGUUCAGUGCAUCAACAGGGGAGCUCAGGCACAGGUUUGAAGUGUCACAUGAGAGUCAAGUCAAGAGCUACACUGGUGGCGCUCUGAGUUUUAGCCCAGAUUACAAAAUAUUUUCUAGUUGCAAAGGUAGGAGAAAUGAGUAUGGGAUUGGUGUUUGGGACCAAGAAAGUGGUAGGCAAAUUGAUUUUUACUAUGAACCACCAGAUUGGUCAUUGGGUGAGGCUGACAAGCUUCAGUGGUUACAUGACACCAACUGUUUGAUGGUUUCAACUUUGUAUCCUAGAAAGGACAACUGUUACAUUAGUUUGUUGGACUUCAGAAGUAAAAGCAUGGUUUGGUCUUGGUGUGAUGUGGGGUGUCCGGUGGCCUCCGCGGACGAGAAGCGAGUCCGAGACGCCAUAGCAAUGGAGGAAGCUAAUUCUAUAUGCGUGGUGAAUGAGUAUGAGGAUUUAGGGUUUAUGGAUUUGAGGAGGAAUGUGGGGAGUGUGAGAUGGAGGUCUAGAGGUGGUUUGGUGAAGGGGAAGAUGCCUGAUGAGACUUGUUACCCUAAAUUGGGAUUUCAUGAGGGGCAGCUAUUUUCGUCCAUGAAUGAUAGUAUUUCAGUGUUUUGUGGCCCUGAUUUGGUGUUGACAUCGAGGUUGAGACGGAGCUAUGGAGGUUCAAUUUGUGACUUUUCGAUCGGCGGUGACCGGCUUUUCGCUCUUCAUAGUGAGGAAAAUGUGUUUGAUAUGUGGGAGGCUCCACCUCCACCCAUCGUGUGCUAGUGCUCAAAUGGUGGUCUUGUUUUUGCAGCUGUGUCUUUCAUUUUGAUCAAAAUAGUAUUUUUACUCAUUAUAGAAGAUGAAAAUACAGUUGAUGCUUACAAGUUAGAUAAUGAUAAGAGUGUUGUAAUAUAGACUUGUUUUUGUACAGGGUUUCCUCAUAAAUGAUAAAUGAUAAAAACACUGAUUGCUCAACAAUCAUAAUUUGAAAUCUUAUUU